AUGGCCGCCACACUGCCGUCGGGCGCGGAAGCGAGGCCCGGCCGCGCUGUCGCCAAACGUCGUAAAGGGCCCCCGGACGCAUCGCCACACUGCCGUCAAGCGGCCGUGGCGCCCAGGGGCGCAUGCGCGGCCAGGCCCCCUCCCCCGGGGCCGCCGUGGUGCGCAUGCGCGUUCAGCCCCCCUCCCCCCGGGGCCGCCGUGGAGCGCAUGGCCGGGGUGCCGUGGUCAGGGAAAAAGCAAAUCGCUCCUUCCCCCGAAACCCGGACUCCACUCGGGACCGGCAGUGGGAGAGGCCAGGGUGGGCCUUCCGAAGGCCGGAAGGCAGCGAUGGAGAAGGGUUGGCACCCCGGACCCGUAAGGCCGACCCCGAGCUGGGCCGCGCUCCGCCUGCUGCUGCUGCUGGGCUGGAUGGCACAGACGGGGCCAGCUGAGGCCAAGAUGGUGACCGCGUGGCCGCCACUCGGUCGGCUGGACCUGAUUGCCGUGGACGACCUGGGCUCUCAAGGGCGGAUGGCGGCCGCCCUCUCCCUGCCGCAGAUCGAUCCCAGGAUUGGGGGGCCGGACCCCCUCCUGGCCACCUUGCCAACCCUGAGCCAGGUGCAGGGUUGGACCCCAGGCCAGGCCGCUGCCCUCACCCGGAGGCUGCUGGACGCUGGCUACCAGAUCUGGAACGCCCGUGAUCUGACGGCCCUGGGGACUCUGCUGGGGGGCUUGCCCAGUAGCGAGCUGCAGGCCUUGGCCCCGGACGUGGUGCUGGAUGCCGUGAGGGCCCCAGGCUUUGCCGACCACCUGGACACCAUCCCUACUCCCCUGAAAAUGGCUUUCGUGGAGCAGAUCGCAGCUGCGGUGUCCAGCCCCGGAGAGCUGGUGAAGACCAUCCCCGCCGGGCUGGCGGGCUCCAUCCCCCUGGCACUGCUGGCCUUCAGGGAGGAGACGCUGCCACGGCUCGAGGACCUGAACAGGAAGCCGUGGACUCGUCCGCAAGCGACCAUGUUUUUUGAUGCCGUGGUGAAGAACGGGUCCGCCUUCUCCAGCCUCUCGGCCCACAUCCUUCAUGGCUUCACCUGCAAGGCGGUCCGCGCCCUGACCCCGGGGCGGCUCCGACAGCUGGUGGUGGCCCUGGGGCAGCUGGACGUCCGGCUGGCAGCGGAGCAGCUGAGCUGCCUGGCAGACAGAGUGGUGGAGGUGGGUCACCUGCCCCAGGACCUGGACAAACUCCCCAGAGACCUGCUGCUGUUCCUCAGCCCGUUGGAGUUGGCGGGAGCGGGCAGCUGCCGGCAGAUCUUCAGACGCGUCGGAGAAGCCAGAGUGGAUGCCCUGCUCCCGCCUGGUCACCCCCAGCGUGCCCAGCUGUUGGCCGACGCCUUAGCCUGCCUGGGGGUCCGGGGCUGGAGGCUGAGCGCCGAGGAUGCUCGCGUCUUGGGGCGCUUGGCCUGCGACCUCGACGGGCGUUUUGUGGCCGGCUCGGGGGAGGCCCUGCUGCCCCAGCUCAUUCACUGCGAGGCCGGCCUCGCCCCGGACCAGGCCGACGCCGUCCGCGCGGCCCUCCGUGACGGCCACACACCCUACGGGCCUCCCUCCAACUGGACAGUGGGCACCUUGAAUGGCCUCCACAGGCUACUCCGGGCAUUUGACUGGCACAUCGUUCAGAGCAUCCCCGAGGGGGUGGUGUCUGCCUGGUUGAAGGGAGCCAUCACGGACCCAGCGUGGCCUCGGCAAGACCUUGUCGCCUUCGUCCGGAACCUUCGGCCGACGAGAAUCAGGAGAGACGCUGGGCUUGGAGGAGAGACAAGCUGCCCGUCGGACAAGAAGGCAUUGGAGGACAUAGAAACCUCGGACAUAGUUGCGUACUCGGAGCAGAUGCUGCAGGACUGCCUCAAUGCCAGCAUCGUGGCCGAGAAGCUGGAGUCGCUCGGACUCUACCCUUUCUCCGAGCAGCAGUUCCCCAUCCUCAAGAAGAAGCUGGACGAGGUCUAUCCCGAUGGGUACCCAGAGGUGGUGAUCCAACGUCUCGGGAGCAUCAUCCGCUUUGUGACAUCACAGGACGUGGAGAAGUGGAAUGUGACCUCCGUGGAAAUGCUUGACUCUCUGCUGAGACCCCAGGAGGAGGGAGCUGUGAUUAAUUCAUCGGUCACCGCAACAGUCAUCAAGCGUUUUAUGCUUGGCGGGAAUCCCCUCAAUGCCUCUGUCCUGAACACCCUGGGUUCCAAGUAUGUGUGCCUGCUGUCCGAGGCCCAGCUGGACACCAUCCAGCCCCAGGACCUCCGGAUGGUGGCUCAGCUGAACCUGUCAGCGUGCUCCGAGCUGCAGAAGAGCGUCCUGUACCGCAAGGCCAAGCUCGCGUUCCAGGAUGAGAAGCCACAGCAAAACUUUUAUCGCCUGAUCCAGCCCUACCUGGGGGGGGCAUCUCUGGAGGACCUCAGGUGGCUGAGCCACAAGGACCUCAACAUGGACAUGGCAACAUUCCUCACUCUGCAGGAAAGCGCUGUCCUCGAGCUGACCCCAUUGGAGGUCCGUGAUUUACUGGGAGAAAACGUCAAGGAGCUGAAAGACCACAGAAGGAUUCCGGUCAUCAGCCACUGGAUCAGGAGGCAGACGGCAGCCGCUCUGGAAGUCCUCGGCAUCGGCUAUAUCGGAGGGAAGCCCAGUGGCUAUAUCGUCAUCCCGCAGAUUGGCAGGAUGUCCUCGCUCGAUCCCUCCGCCAGCGCUGCAGCCCAGCUCCACUCCCCAUCGAUCACCCUGCUCCUGCUGAGCUUCUGGCUGCUUUCCCAUCUUGCCUGAGCCCCCGAUGGCCAUCGCAGGCCCCACGGUGGGUCCGUGGCUCAGCUGGCAGUCACGUUCCAGGGGCCGGGAGCUUCUGAGGCCAGGGGUGGGAUUGUGCCCAGGCUUUAUUUAUUCUUUGGGUUUGGUCUGGGGAUUCCUUAGGAUCCACCUGAAGACGGGAACCCUUCCGCGCUCACAGAAUCCUCCUUUUCCUGGUGGCAGGGACACAGUGGUCAUGGUGAAUAAAUGGGGUCGGUCAUGAGA